CCUCCACCAUCCAAACGGUUCAUUGGUGUUCUCUUCUGAGCUGUUGUGGAAACUCAAUGAUGAUCUUCGGAUUUGCCUGAGCUUGUGCCCGACAGCCAAUGCACAAUGGACUGAGAGAGCAGUAAAGGUAGUAGAUUGUCAAACGAGUUAUCAGCACCAAGCAUCAACCAUGGGCCAAGGAGCUUCAACACCCGCAGAACCGCCUCAACCGAAAAAGAAAAAGGUGGGGAUCAAGUCAGGCAAGCCAAUCUGCUGCUGCUGCCCUGAUACGAAGAAACCCCGUGAUGAAUGUGUCGUGUUCAAAGGCGAGGAACAUCCUGAUUGUAUCAAGCUGAUAGAAGCGCACAAAGCAUGUCUUCGAGCUGAGGGAUUUGACGUGAAAUAAGACGAUAAUAAGCAAGAUGACGAUGAGGUACCGGUAAACAGCAGCUGAACUAUAAUGGAUUAAAUCAUUCAUCUACAUGAAUUGUGUGUAAAGUUGAUUUGAGAUGCGCCCCGGCAGGCCAAUAGCAAC